AUGGAUCCUGUGGCGGCAGCGGCGGCGCACGGCGGCGGGCACCACUUCGCGCCGCCCGUGGCGCCGUUCCACCACCCGUUCGGUGGCUUAGGCGGGCACCACCACCUGUUCCUGGGGCAGCAGCACCCGGCGUUCCAGCAUUUCCAGGAGCAGCAGCGCCAGCUGGAGCUGAUGGGCGGUGGGGGCGGUGUCCCCGGCGUGAACAAACAGGAGCUCGCUGACGACAGCAACAACACCAUGAACAGCGCCGGGAGCAACGGGAGCGGCGACGGCGACCAGCACCAGCACCAGCAGCAGGCGGGGGGCGACGGCGACCAGCAGCACCAGCACCAGCAACAGCAGCACCCGCUGGUGAUGCGCCGCCCGCGUGGCCGCCCCGCGGGGUCCAAGAACAAGCCGAAGCCGCCCGUGAUCAUCACGCGGGACAGCGCCAGCGCGCUGCGCGCCCACGUGCUGGAGGUCGCCGCCGGCUGCGACGUCGUCGACAGCGUGGCCGGGUUCGCGCGCCGCCGCCAGGUGGGCGUGUGCGUGCUCAGCGGCGCCGGGAGCGUCGCCAACGUGUGCAUCCGUCAGCCCGGUGGCGGCCCCGGCACCGUCGUCACCCUCGCUGGCCGCUUCGACAUCCUCUCCCUCAGCGGCUCCUUCCUCCCGCCGCCGGCGCCGCCAGCUGCGACGGGGCUCACCGUCUACCUCUCCGGCGGGCAGGGCCAGGUGGUGGGCGGCACGGUCGCCGGCCCGCUCCUCGCCUCCGGCCCCGUCGUGAUCGUCGCCGCCUGCUUCGGCAACGCCGCCUACGAGCGCCUCCCGCUCGACGACGAUGAGCCGCCGCCGCAGCAGCACCUGCAACAGCCUCUUCCUCCUCCGCAGGGCAUGCCCGGAGCCUCCUCCUCGUCGCCGCCCCCGCCGCUGCCAUUGCCCGGACAACACCCGCUCGCUGACCAGCUCCCCCACAGCCUCAUGAACGGCCUCCCUCUCCCCGCCGACGCCUACGGCUGGGCCAACCCCGGAGGCAGCGGCGCCGGCCGCGUCGCCCCGUACUGA